CGACAAGUCCUCAACAAAUUUUGGCAAAAUUUGUUGAGGACUUGUCGUGUGGUCCAAAACAAAUUAAAAAUUUAUAAAAUAUCCUUAACUAACCCCCAAAAUAUAAUCAAAUAAAAACUAUAGCUAGGGCAAGUAAGGGUCGAUCCCACGGAGAAAAUUUGUACUUUUGAAAUCAAAUUAGCAUGCACACACAUUGUCACUAAACAAAACAAACUAACUACUACACAUAUGAUAAGACGAGAAACAAGCUCAAAAGAUAAUCAACUUCUCCAACUAAGAUAGCCCAAGAAACACCGCCAAGAACCCAAAACAAAAUGAAAAAGAGAACAAACACAAAUUGAACAUUACACGUAUGAUAGGCACGUAGACAAUAUAUUACGUAACUUACGCACUUAAAAAUAGAAAAGAAUUCAAAGGCUCGAGCUGAUUCAUAUCCUUGACCACAUAUAGAGGAUCGUCAACUCUCUAUAAGGCCCGGAGUCAAGAAUUCAAAGGCCUUUUGGUUACUUUGAACCCUCACUCACCUCAAGCGCUCAAAUAAUGAUUCCAAAAGAUGAAAAAGUUUAUAAGAGAGCGAAUCUUUCUUUCAUUCUAACUCCCAUGCACAAAGUAUUCAUGAAGAACAUUUGAUACACUUUAAUAAACUUUAUCGUCUAAUGAUGAAAAUAUUUUGCAGGUCUCCUUGAACAACUGAAGCAUAAGAAUUUUAAUCUAUUCACAUAAAAGAACAUUACAUAUUUUCAUUAAAUCAAGAGUUGUUUAUUGCGCUUAAACAAUCCCAAUUUUUAUGAAAAUAACAAACAAGAACACCAAGACAUAAACAAUCACUCUAUAACGAAUCUUAAGGAAAACGUUCAACUUAUGUGGCUAAGGAGUUCAUUUACCUUAAAAUUUUACAAAACACAAGUCACAAAAAAGAUUCACGUAUGAAUUUGAAAAUCACUUAACUAAAAUAUGUAGCUAAAUUAGCUUCAAUGAUAACCGAAUUCGACAUACCAACCUACUUAUGAAAUCAAAUUUAUAAUUCAACCGAUUUAACAUCAAUUUGCGCAAAAAUUGAAGAAACUACCGUUAGAAACUCCGUCUAUGCCCAGUACACUCCAAUUUUCUUUUGCUGAUGCGUAACCCUCCAAACACAACCCGGUAAACGUAAAGGCGAUGCAAUUGAAUGGCGAAAUCCACGGCUUCACCUGCUGGAUUAAAUUCUUGAAUUGGCGUUGCAAUUUAAUAUUGGAAUUUUAGGGAUUCACUCGAUGCAUUGCUACAGGUUUUGUUAGAUUUGCGGAUUCCCCAAUAAAAAACAGUCCUGUGCUUUGGUCCCAGGUUCAAUUUCAGUUGCUCUAAUUUCCUACAUCAUUAUUAAGGUAAGUAUUAUUUCUUGAGGUAUGUCAAAAUUCCUAUUUCAUUCUCUUUAUUCAAUUUAUCAAAUUCCAGUAUUUAAGUUUUUUCUUCAUUUUUAGUAUUGUUUGUAUUUGGAUUACUUAGAUUGUUUUGUUUGAUUUGUUGGAUAUUUGAUUAAUGACAAAUGCUAUUUUUAUUUUAUAGCAUGAUAAAAUAAACAUUUUUCGCAAAUCAGCUUCUUGGAUCAUCCUUUUUCGUUCCCUUGGACAAGAACGCAACUUUGAAUAAGUUUGAAGACCUCACUGAUGAACAAAUCAGCAUUAGCCCCCCAACCGCUUCAAAUAUUGACCUCACUGAUCAACAAACCAGCAUUGGCCCCCAACCACUUCAAAUCUUAUAGCAUUAAUCUUCUUCUAUAUAGACCAAGCUAUGAUUCCCAACAGAAUUCCUUCAAGAUUUGCUUCAAACUUUCUAUUGUUAGCAGUCAUAAAGCAUUUCUGUGAAUAUCUUUUUGAAAUCCUAGGUACUUUCUGAAACUCAUUGUCUUAAGGUUUGUCUGUGUUUUGGAAGUGGUGUUUUACUCUUGUUUUUAAGGCUGGAUUUUGGGUCUGGAUUUGCAUGUUGGCAUUUGGCAGAUCAUGGGUAUGCUUUUAAUUCUGGUUUGGGGGUUUUAGGUCUUGAGUUUGGGUCAAGGUCUUGUUAUUUGAGGUUAGGGUCUAGGUUCAGGUUUGAUAUUGGGAAUUUGGAUUAGGCAAUGGGUUAGGAUUUUUUCCCUUGGUUUGGGUUUUGUGUGUGAUUUAGGUUCUGGAUUUGGUGUUUGGGGAUUGUUUUUGGUCUGGGUUUUGUGUUUGGAUGUAUAUUUUAGCAUUUGACAAAAUUUGGAUGGGUUUUGGAGGAUAAUUUUUGUUUUUUUCCAUUACUUAUAGCACGUUUGUGGAUUAAAAGAUAUUGACAUACAAGUUCUUGGCCUGCUUUUAUGGUAGGUUCUAGGUUAGGUUUGACGUUUUGUAUUUGGGACUGAUUUUUGGGGCAUCUUUUUUGAGUAGGGUUUUGUGUCCGUUGAGGAUAUGUUGUUUAACUAUGGUUGUAGAGGCAGGAUUUUUGUUCUAGACCUGCACUUUAGGGUUUGGCAGAUCAUGGGUAUGCUUUUAAUUAUGGUUUAGAGGUUUUAGGUCUUGUGUCUAGCGGAGGGUCUGGUUAUUUGAGGUUAGCGUCUAGGUUUAUGUUUCUGCUUUUGGGGUUGGUUUUGGUUAUUGUGUUUGGGACUGGUUUUUGGGGUAGGUUUUGAGGUAAGACUUGGAAUUGAGUUCUAUUAAAUAGGUUCUAUAAGAACACGCGUAGUUUAGGGAUUUGAUGCCUAUUCUAGAGUACUUUAGAGGACUAGGUUUUGGGAUCAACUACUCUACAGCCUCAAAAGCCUUUUCCAGAUGAGAAAUGGAGCUGCCCAGUGAGUUUAACUCUAUAAAUAUUUUUCAUGUGUUAACUCUAAAAAUCAGGAAUGGAGCUGCCCAAUGAGUUUCACUGAUCAGCAAUGGACUAGGUUUAUCUUUCUGCUUUUGGGGUUGGUUUUGGUUUUUGUGUUGGGACUGGUUUUUGGGGUAGGUUUUGAGGUAAGACUUGGAAUUGGAUUCUAUUAAAUAGGUUCUAUAAGAACACACGUAGUUUAGGGAUUUGAUGCCUAUUCUAGAGUACUUUAGAGGACUAGGUUUUGGGUUCAACUACUCUACAGCCUCAAAAGCCUUUUCCAGAUGAGAAAUGGAGCUGCCCAGUGAGUUUAACUCUAGAAAUCAGCAAUGGAGCUGCCCAAUGAGUUUAACUCUAGAAAUGGAGCUGCCCAAUGAGUUUCAGUGAUCAACAAAUCAGCAUUAGCCCCCCAACCACUUCAAAUAUUGACCUCACUGAUCAACAUAUCAACAUUGGCCCCCCAACGACUUCAAAAAUGUUUUUCAUGUAAAGGAAUCUGUCUCUUAAAGGAAGUUUAGAGCCUUUCGUUAAAGUCAUUGGUGAUAUUUGUUUUUAUUAUUGAUCAGUUGAAAAGUACUACUCUUAUUAAAAUAAAUACAUCUUUAACCGUUAAUGCGAAUGUACAACUUAUAAAUCACAUUAACAGGCGAGAUGAGAGCAUUGACCUUAUGAAGAGGUACAUCGACCUGAAAACAUAUAAACAUGCCUUAAUUGCGCUUGCAUACCCUCCUGGACAACCGAAGACCAAAGUUGGCAGCAUUCCCGAAAUGAAUAUCCAGGUAUGAAUCAUGGAUCAGGACUACAACUGUUUUUUCGAAAAAACAUUCGCUACAAAACGUAAACAUUUUAAUUAAUGUCUCCAUAUUUAGGGAAAAGGAGUUAUGCGAAUUAUAGACGACACUGCAAGUUUCUACAUCGGUUGUGACUAUUGUAAUCGUAAAGUCUUUGGCCCGAAAGGGGGAAACUAUAGAUGUUUGGAUUGUGGCAAUCCUCAUGCACGCGCUGAAAAGAACUGAGUAUUGUUAAAUAGUUUAUAAUCACCUACAAUGUCUAUAUUACAGUUUACAUUAAGUUCUACGGUCCAAUUUUAGGUACAAGGUUGAAGUUGAGUUGACAGAUGAAACGGGACAAAUAUUAGGAACAAUUUUCGAUGAAGAUUUCAACCGCCUGUUGCAGAUCACGAACACUAUUCAUCGAUCAGGAUCAAUUGACAUUGCAAAACUUCAAGCAAAGAUGGAUGGAAAGAAGUUUUUUUGUGAAGUAAGACUUGACAGAAAACAGUUCCCUGGAAAGAGUAAGCAGACUUACACUAUAAAUGGUGUUUGUGAAAAUGCUAAGGUGUCACAGUCAGUUGGCGUACCAAGAAAUGAUGAGGGAACCAGUGCUGGACGCAGCAGCAUUAUAAGAACCUUGACCUUUGAUGACGCAUUUGAAGAGCAUGAAGGAAUUCUAAAUCCUGCCAUUGAAGAAAGAAGCGGAGGAAAUGACGAGGGAACGAGUAUUGAAGGAAAGGCCAGAUGUUUGCGUUGGAGCAACUGCUGCAGGUGAUGAAACACUAAGAUUCUAGAAUCGUAUAACAACCCCAGAACUCAAAGAAACAGGUACUCAAGUGUACUCAGAAACUGUUAGCUCAUGUUAACUGAAUCGUAUCAUGCCCGCCCCUGCCCCAUUUACUACAUUUUUGAGGGAAAUUGGAUGUGAGUAUUGAGUGUUCAAUCAAAUUUAGUAGUAUAAGUGUGAGAAGAAUAUGAGUUCUAUGUGCAUCUGCCUGGUCAUCCACGCCAAUAUAUCCAUCGGGUAUGAAUAUUACUAACUGCCCAGAGUCUUGUUGAGCUGCAUGAUAAACACCAAGUUCAAGUCAAAGUGGAUAAACCAGACACCAAGGGUCAUAAGAAAUUUAUCGCUCCCUACAUCAGGUGGAAAGCAGCUUGGCCAAGGCCAAAUUCUUUAAAGUUCCUGCGGCAGGGGAAAUUAAUCAGAACUUACAGACCGCCAUUUUUCUGUGAUUAUCUUUUUAAAAGCCAAGGUCACAUUCAAAACUCUACGCAUCCGGCUCCCUAAACGCCGUCCAAUUUGCUAGCCACUUCCAUUCUUUGAUCCUGGCCAGCCACCGGCAUCGUUUGAUUCAGGCUUGACACCGCCAUUGCUUGAUUCAAACCCGUCACUGCAGUACACAAGAUGGCACCCGAGCAUUCGCAACAGAGACUUAACCUUUAAGUACUUGAGACCUACAUGAAUACAGAGGAUUGGGAAUCAAAACCUAGGCUGCAUGUCACCCCGACCGUCACUCCAAUGGCAUCGUUGUAGCUCCCUAGCCAUAUACCGUCUUUCGAAAGCACUUAUGAAUCUUCCUUUAAGGCACGCUUUUGUAACUCAUGCUUUUGGCUUAAUGCAAAUUUCCAAUAUUUGAAAAUCAAUUACACCCUUUCACUGUACUUCUGUGCGCCUACUGGAUACGACUUCGCUUCUACCUUGUCACUUAUCCCUUUUUAAUGUUUUAACGUUGUUCUUCCUUGCUUUCAUUGUUUGUUUUCUUCGCCAUGACUAAACUUUGUGUAAAAAG